UCCGCGUGUGAAGUCGAGCAUCCUCGGUAUUUUGAGUUUGAUUUUAUGUGAAUUUCUGCUUCAAAGCACUGAAUAAGGGAAUUUUCAGUUAAUUGUGAUUAAAGAGUGCUGUGAAAAUGACGGAAAAAUUACAAUUUCUCAUGAAACUCAACGAUUUUGCCACGCAAUUCUAUCGAAUUUAUGCCAGUGGCAAGACAACUGAGAACGUCGCCGUUGCACCAUUCUUCCUGCAGAAUCUCCUCACAGCCACGUUGAUUGGCGUGAGAGGAAAGACAGCCGAAGAGCUGGCAGUCGCCCUGAUGUACAACGGCCACAAUCUCUCCUCCAUCCUGACCACCUUUCGCACCCUCAACUCCAACUAUCGCGACACAGAAUCGAUUUCCGUGGCCAGCAAGAUGUUGCUGAGAGAGCCCUCGAAGAUGGACGAGCAGUUUCCCAGCGACGCCAGGAGCAAUUUCGAUGUCAGCAUGCAAAGCUUCAGCACUCGCGAGAAGAAUUUCACAACUGUGGACUCGGUGAAUAAGUGGGUGGCGGAGAAGACGCGCCAAAAUGUGACUGAGUGUCUGAAACGUGGUCAGGAUUUUGAUGCCGCGAGUGACAGUGUCGUCCUGGUGAAUGCCGCCCACUUUGGGGCGCUGUGGGAGCGCAAGUUUCAGAAGCAGCCUAACAAGGCGCCCUUCUGGACUGACGAGCGCCGCUCCAAGCCGACGGACUUCAUGCUGCUCACAGCCAAGCUGCGCUUCUCCGUCUGCGCCGAGAUCUCAGCCAAGAUCCUAGAGCUGGAUUUCGCGGAGGACGACUUCGCGUUGGUGAUCCUGCUGCCGGAUCAGAGGAUGGGACUGGGACGCGUGAUUGAGCAGCUCCCCAGCGUCAAUCUCAUGUACGCCGUGGCGCAGCUGCGACGCCAGGACGUGACGGUGCGGAUGCCGCGCUUCAAAAUAGACCACGGCUCGCGGAUGCGCGUGCCACUCGAGCAGAUGGGCGUUCAUGACCUAUUCUCAGGCCAAACAGCUGAUCUCUCCGGCAUCGCGUGUGACGAGCCGUUCUGCGUCUCUGAGAUCAUCCAUCGCGCCAGCAUCGCGAUCAGCGAAGACGGCGAAGACGGCGACUCUGCCAGUUCCUCGUCGGCCGUUCAGGAGUUCACAGCCGAUCAUCCCUUCCUGUUUUUCGUCAAGCACAAGUGCAAUGUGGUCUUCAUAGGUCACGUGGUGGAUCCUAAUCAGUAGAUUAUGGGCAGUUUGGAAAGUGAAGAAGCUGCCAAAGAUAAAAAUAACAGAGAGAAUAAAGAUAUAUCUCGCCACAUAAUAAGCUGUGACACUGAGAGGAAAAUCAUAUUCUCGCACUCAAGAAAUAUUACGGGUUACUCAAAUUACUUGGAUUCUUGCCAACAUUUUUCCUAAAAUGAAAGUCUAAUUUAUGGAUGUGUCAAAAAGCUUUGGAACCCCUUUUCGGCUUACCAGCAAAAAUUAUACUGUUUGACUAAUAAAAAGGAUUAACAUAAGAAGUCAUACUAAAUAGCCAGAGAAAUCAUGAUUUUAAGAGAUAAGAAGAUUUAAUUUGUUUCAUACCUUCAAACCAAAGAAUCAUCCUUUGCGUGUCGUUUUAAUACAAGUCAUUUUCUAUUGCUUCGUCGCUGCACUGAUGGUGAUUCAAAUCUUGAAAGCACAGACAAAAUAAAUAGAACUAUUUCCAUCUAAGAUUGUUCGUUCAGAACCUUGUCAG